CCCAGCAGACACCAUCUUUCGUCGGCAAUACCAAGGCUGGAUCUCCCUCGAGGCCCGCUGCGGCGAGUCCCCUGAGGGCCAGCUCGAUUCUGCGUCGAAGCUGGCGGUCGCUGGUAGGGUAACCAGGCCCGGCGAAGGAGAACGGUGGAUUCGCAUAUUUGACGAACGUCAGGCUGCUUGUCGUUUCGUCGCUUUUAGUUUCGUUUACGUCGCGUUUGCAAAAUCAGCCUCUAGCUGCUAAUAAGGAAACCCUUCUCAUUGCCCCAGCUCGCCUGCAUUCCCGAGUCACGUCCUCGUUUCUAGCCUUCCUCGUUUCUGGCAUGCGAUAUGACUGAAGCCUGAUCGGUUUCGUCAUUUUCGUAACCUUGCACUAGAAGAGGAAGAUUCGUUAUCUUUGAAGUUUCUCGGCGGAUUCAAACCUCGUCAGGGUCCUUGUCAUCCAGCCUGGCCAGCAUGACGAUAUCUUUCCUGUCUCGGCUGCUAGCGUGCUUCCUGAUCCUAGCCGUCGGAUUGAGCCACGUGGCGGCCAUCCGGUUCGAGGUGACGGCGUACAGCAAGUGUCUGGGGGAGGAGGUUCAGGAGGGCACUCUCGUGGUGGCGUCGUACCUGGUGGUGCCGAGCGGGGAGAGCAGCGAUCACACCAAGAUCACUGUUAAGGUGACAUCCCCAUUUGGCCGGCAGCUGCACUGGCAGAGCAGCGUGGAGGAGGGGCACUUCGGAUUCACGGCCAAGGAGUCCGGGCAGUUCAUGGCGUGCUUUUGGAUGCCGCAUGGCACGCCGGGGGAGCACUCUGUCAUGGUGGAUCUGGAGUGGCGGUCAGGCGUGGCGGCUAAAGAUUGGGCGAGCAUUGCGAAGAAAGAGAAGAUCGAUGGCAUGGGGUUGGAGCUGAGGAAGUUGGAUGAGGCAGUGAGGGCCAUCCGAGAUGAAAUGACCUACUUCAGGGGGAGGGAAGCGGAGAUCCGGGAUUCAAACGAGCGGACCAAUGAGCGGGUGGCCUUCAUUAGUAUCACAUCGCUCCUCAUCUGUGUGGCCCUAGCAGCUCUCCAGCUCUGGUUCCUCCUCUCCUACUUCCACCGCAAAAAGCUGCUCUAAGUGGGCUUUAAGGUCUCUAACGCCGAACAGCCCUCCAGCUCUGGUUCCGCCUCUCCUACUUCCACCGCAAAAGGCUGUUCUAAGUGGGCUUUGAGCUGCUCUGAGGGGCUUUAAGACCUCUGAAGCUAAUCAGCCUUCCAGCUCUGGUUCCUCUCCUACUUCCACAGCAAAAAGUUGCUCUGAGGGAUUUCUAAGCCCUCCUCAGAACUCUAAGACUAUACCCUUAACUCAAACAGCUCAACAGCCAAACAGUCAAACAGCCUUCGAGCUUUGGUUCCUCCUCUCCUGCUUCCAUUGCAACAAGAUGCUCUACUGAAUCAUAGAAGGCCCUUAUGCUUCUAGAAGCUGUCUAUGGGGAGGAAAAGUUUGUGUUGUAGAAUAAUCUAGGUGGUGUAGUCUUCUGAAGCGUGCACAUCAACUCGCAAUAGAGAUGUACCAUCCGUAUAUCGAGCAGAGCAGAUUUCUUUUAUCAA